CCUCAAAUUGGCACGCAAUGGCAACAAUUGAGCAACAAGAUACAUGCAGAGCAAAAGAUCUGUUGCCGCUCCAAGAAUAGCAGAGCUUCAACAACCAUUGCCAGCAACUGGUAUUAGAUCUGUCUGUGCUGUGCUUCAGUACCAGCUUUCUCUUGGCUAGCUAGAAUGGUAUUAGCGGCACUCCUUCUGUGUUUUGUUUGCUGUCGGGGAUCUUGGGGAUUUCACGGAUUGGUAUACCCUCGGAAUGUUGGUCCGAGCAGAAGCUCUGUUCCUCCUGCAUAUCGUCAUCAGAGACGGUUGGGUGAAAUCAGAAUAGGCAGCUCGUUGCUGUGGUCCAGUCAGGAGAGCAGUCCGUUGGAUGCUUCCUCCUCGAAUAAGAAAAAUGAGACCUUGCCGUUGUUUUCUCAGUUGAUUGCGUCUCUCGGUGAUGGUAAUAACGGCGGUAGCAGCCAACCAGAUGCAGACACGAGUAGCAGCGCCGUCAAUAUCACUACCCCGGUGAGCCCUGAACAAGAAAAACUGUUGGCAGAAGCGGAAGAAUUGCGGCAACGAGCUAGGAAACUAAAGGCAGAAGCCCUGGCGGAGGAAGCCGCAUUAAAGGACACUCGAUCCAAUCAGCAGUCAGCCAGAAUACGAGACGGCGAUUUUCUCAUGCAUCGGCUAUUUCAAGACAUGGAAAGUGCAGCAGAAGCAAAUAAUAAGAAUAAUGACCAGGCAAACAACAAUGGCACCACGUCAAUAUCCAUGCUGGAAGAAGAGCAAAAGAUUGCCAAUAUACUUCGAGAGGAGCGGUGGUCACCCGAUCAAGUCUUAUUAGUGUUGGAGAGACUGGUGGAGCAGCAAAUACAACACCAGGAUAGCCGACCAAUUCUCACACCCAGUCAGUCGGCAGUCAUUUCCAACAAUCCAAACUUUCAAAUCGGAGACACUCGGAAUGCAGCCAUUGUGGCCAAUGAAACCAAAUGGCAAGUCCUGGAGGGAUGGAUUGCCUGCUUGAUCAAUGCUGCAGCCAUGUUGGAUGAUGAGUUCAAUGACAAAAACAGCAACAAUAACAAAGACAACAGCAACAAGAGUCAACAAUCAUCAUCUAGUGGAGAGAAAGAAGAAAGAGCAAAGACAACACAAGCGUACAAUUCACGAUGGACGGGCCGUGUUGCCACUACUUUGAGAAGUCGUCGCAAGGAACUCAUGCGAGCCCAAGAAGAGGAAUUGAAACGAAGAAUAGCUGCCAAUGUCAAUGCAGUUUUCCGUGCGACUAGUAAGAGUCUCUCAGAAGCUGCCGCCGCCGCUCGGUCCCCAACAGGAGCGACGCCGGUACCAGAUGAUAUUCAGGAAUAUACAAGACAAACUUUGGGUUUGCCACCCCCGUCGAGUGGCGGUGGCGGUGGACCAAGCUUGAAUACCACUGCUGUUAUGGAAAGUGUGCAGCCAGUACCCCUGUGGGUUCCGUCCUCCCUUUUGCCGUACCUGGUACAGUCCAAGGCCACGUUGGUCAAGGAAGAUGUUACUACUAUUAAAGAGAGGGUACUCAUUGGAAGUCGCUUCUUUUGCACCUCCUCGGAUGCAAUUCCUUCCGCCGCUGUGUUUCGGGGAAACAUUCGUACUCCUGUCGGCUUGGUGGACUCGGACGCAUCGGACGGUACCAGCUCCAGCAACGUUGUGAGCAAUCACACGGCGGUUGUAUUUCAAGAGGUUCAACAGCGGCUGGAAACAGAAGGACUCGCGGGAAGGGUGCAGUUGUUCAUGAUGGAAGACUCCGAGUGGCGACCAGGUAAAGACGCACGAGUUUCAAAACCGAAUCCUGUCAUUUUGGCCAUUUCCAAGAGGGUGGAACCUGUGGAGAGUGCAAUGGAAAAAGUGACCACAUCCAAGAUUGCAAAGAGGAUUGCUGUGGCUUUGUCGAUGCUUGCAACUUUCUCUUUUUCAGUUUCGUCGUAUGCCCUGAACCCCACCUUCUUUGACGCAGUUGUGAAUCAGAAAAGCGUCCCAGCACUACUUUCCUGCAUCCCUCUUUGCAUCGGCAUUCUCUCUGUUCAACUCUUCCAUGAAGCAGCUCACUACUUGGUUGCCAAACUCCGAAAGAUUAAGAUUGGGCGUCCAACUCUGCUUCCAAGCCCACAGGUUGGCACUUUUGGAUGCAUCACGCCCAUCUUGUCGUUUCCGACCAAUCGAUCCGCUCUCUUUGAUUUGGCCUUUAGUGGCCCUGUCUCGGGAAUGUUGAUUUCCUUCCUGAUGAUGUGGGGUGGAAUGUACGCAACAACUCACGCUUCAGAAGUUGCCAUGUCGAGUUUUCCAGUCUUGCCGAUUGGUUUACUGAAAUCUAGCCUGCUGACAACCAUUUUUGUUUCGGUGACGGCCCCCAAACUGGUCAUGUUGCCCAUGGCACAACCGAUACCUCUCCAUCCCCUGUUUAUCUCGGGAUUCUGUGGGUUGGUUUCAUCCGCAUUGAACCUUCUUCCUGUCUUUCGGUUAGACGGAGGCCGGUUGAUAUCAUCCUUGUUCGGUCCUCGAUUUGCGGGUGUUUCCUCCGCAGCAACGCUAAUGUUUAUGCUCUCAUUGACAAUCUCGGGCACAUCAGGAAUUGCUUUGACAUGGGGACUUCUCAUCGUCUUUCUACAACGGCGAACAGAGGUUCCUGUACGGGAUGAUGUCACGAUGGUCGAUGACGUUCGAUUUGGGGCAUGGAUCGCUGCCACGACUGCAGCAAUCCUAACGCUGGCGCCAUUUCCUGGGGGCCCAGGAUUCCUGUGACCACUGUAACACUGCUAGCUACGUCAAAACACUAAACUAGAGUUGUCCCAUUGUACAGAAUC